AUGAGCGAGGACAACAAGACUUCUGCCGCUUCGCCAACGGUGCCGAUAACGGGAUCGAUCCCAUCAGGCUCAGGAACGCAUCUUCCCGAUCCAUCGCUGCCCGCGCCAAACUUGGGCGAGGAUGAAGUAGGCUUCACUGCAGCCGACCUAAUUGCUCAGCAGUCUCGACUCGAAGCACAAGCGAAUGAGGCCAUUCCGUUCCAGUUCGAUACUUGCACGCACGAGCGCGGCUACAUCCGACAGCCUGUCUACGCCUGCAAGACCUGUGGCGGUGGAGGCGUCUGCGCAGGCUGCAGUGUCUCGUGCCACGCUGAACACGAGUUGGUCGAGCUGUUCAACAAGCGCAAGUUUCGAUGCGACUGCGGCACUCCGAACUUGUAUCGACAGCACGAGCCCAACCGUGCCUUGCAGUGCACUCGAAUCACAGAACAGCUCGUCUAUCCUGAAGGAGCCCAACCUUGCAGCUUGCGCAAGCCAGGCUACAGUCCACAAAACGACGCCAAUGCCUACAACCACAACUUUGACGGCGAAUUCUGCUACUGCGAAAGGGGCAAGACGUACGAUCCAGAGAAGGAAGACGAGACAAUGUUCCAGUGCAUCGUUUGCGAAGAGUGGCUGCACGAGAGCUGUACCGCAUUGCGCCCAGUGUCUCUUCAGGACAGCAGCUCUUCGAUUCAAGCUUCGCAGACCUCGAAUGGAUCGGCGGCCAGCGCGGACCGGCUUGCCAAGGACGGAGAAGCACCUCUCAUCGACCAUGACCUUUUCGACCUGAUGAUCUGCGAUGCGUGCGUCCGAAAGCCCAACAACGAGAUCCUUCGACGCUAUGCAGGUGCCAAAGGGUGGAUGGUGCUUGCGCCAAGCCAGGAUGUAUCCAAUGUCAAAGAGCAUGACUCGAUUGCCAAAAUUCAAGUCCCGACCCAAGAAGAGCUGCGAGAGGCGGGCGGACAAUACCACAAUGGGAGUAGCUGGCAAAUCUUUGGGCUGGCGGUCGAGCCAGACAGGACGCUGACACAGACCGAGGUGAGCGCUGCUACGGAUGGGGCACUGCUGUCGUCGGUCGCCGAACUGGCUCGAUCUACCGUGGUAACAGCCUCAGAGAUGGUGCAAGGGUAUUCAACAGCAGGGGACUGCGCUACCGCAAAACGCGAGGACGAAUCACAACCUGCUAGUCUCAGCUCAGCGUCCGGAAUCGCCGAACGAAGGGAAGGCAAGCGGCGCGCGGAUGACGGGCCUAACGAUCAGGAUACGGGGGAGAGCGAGACAAAGCGUGUCAAACAGGAGCACGAAGCCUCGUCGAAAGCUCAACGAGUACCUUCAGCAAGCUCGUCUGGCUUGAUAGGCGCUGUGCAGAAGGAGGCGGCAUGCAUGCUGCCAGAGCCGCUGAGCGUCGUUGAAUCGCUGCCAGAGUCCAAUGUCAACGAAUGGACGCCAGCGCUGAGCGAAGCGACGACAGCAGCAGCAGCAGCAGCAGCAGCAUCAUCUCAACAACAUCGUUACGACAUCUUCCUAAGCGAGGACUUCCGCGACCGCAUCUGCCGAUGCACAGACUGCCUUGCCAGAUGGGCGCAUCUACCGCACGUCUUGGACGCGGAAGAGACGUAUGCACCGCCGUCGGAUCCGCAAGCAUCGGUGCGCGACGACGAUGCGGCGUCGAUCACGUCGUCGACGUACGAUCUGGGCAUGGCAGCGCUGCGAUCGAUGCCGAGAGAAAAGAUGAUCAACUCGUUGCACGCGUACAGCAAGUUUCGAGAUGCUUUGUGGGAGCAUCUCAAGCCAUUUGCAGGCACAGGCAAGAUGGUGCGCGAAGAAGAUGUUCGAGCGUUUUUCCAGAAGAAGCUCAAUACGGAGCGGUAG